UUAUUUUAUGUGUGUACAACAAUUAAGCAAUCGACCCACGUUUGCAUAUGCAAAUCAAUUAUGUAACAGGGCGAUCAACUAGCUUUGACAGCGGUAAUCUGUAGGCUGCCUUGUGUAAAUAGUUCUAACUACAAAUAAAUUAUAUAAUGCCAAUGUGGGUGCGGCUUUCUUAGAACAUUGGUGUCACUGACUUGCAUUGGUUCUCCAAUUGUCCAAAACUCUUCUUCUGGUGCAGGUUUGAACUAAGGCUUACAGAUCUUGUCUCUUUACAGGACACGGAACAACUGACUUCCCCGAAUUUUUGACUAUAAUGGAAAGUGUAUUGGAAAACACAGAAGAGGAAAUCAGAGAAGAAUUCCGUAAACUUGACAAGGAUGGUGACGGCUACUUUGGUGCUGAUGAGCUUCAUCUUGUUAUGGAAACCCUUGGUGUUAAAGCAACAGAUGAAGAGGCUGAUAACAUGAUGAGGGAAGCAGAUAUUGAUGAAGAUGGUAAAGAAAAUUCCGAAGGAUUAAAUGGUCUGGUGCAAAACUUACUUGAAACAUAGAUAGAAGAACAAAAACCUGAAAACGAAGGCACAAUAUCUAAAACAUGAGUUUUAACAAAUGAUGACGGCAAAGUGGAGACUGUAAAGAAUGUGUUAAAUUUCUUGUAUUUAUCUGUAAAAUGUU